AUGCCACUUGCUGAACUGCUACCAACUGUUGCAGUAGCUUUUGGAUUACUUGCAGGGGCACUCCUAGUGCUCGCCAUCAGGGCAGUCUAUAGAGGAGAAUCCUCAGAUUCCAGGGAGUCUUCCCCAACCCUAAGAGCAGCCUCUGUCGACAUCACAGAUGUACGAGGCGUCAACUUACUCGGAGAUGUCCACGUAUCCCCACCAGGAAUCAUCGACCUCCCUCCCGUUGGAGGAGAAGAAAGAGGGACUCUGGACCAGGGCGAAGAAAGUGAUGAUACCGAGUUUGAAGGGGACAAGCUCACAGAUCUCGAAAGGGUCUGUCUCCAAGACCUCCUCAACGACCUCUACCCGUCAGAAGAAGAUGCAACCGAUCCCAGAGUCAGGUGGGUCAAUGUCACCCCUACUUCCAGAAAGUACUUCCAUGGAGACAACUUUGAGGAAGAUAGUGGAGAGCUCGGCCUUGGGGCCUCUGCUGCAACUACCGCCCAUCCAAGUGGAACAGACCCCUAUGAUGGUAGAAUUGCGCCAGGCAGCAGAAGAGAGGACCCAGGGAUCCCUGUGGCAUGGCACCCCUCAACAAGUUGGGUCUUCGCAGGGGAAGAGACUCCUGUGGCCAGAGUAUCAACCGAAACCGCAGGGCCCAAGGACACCCCCACCCAGAGGACCAUUGCCCUCCCCGCCAAAACAGAGCAGCAUAUCUGGGACGUCAUCGAAGUGAUACACCAGAAGGAGAGCAGAUCCUCAGUUGGUUUAGAAGAGAUUCCGCCACCGACGAACUCCCCGGAAUCCCCACUUUUACACCAUCAGUCGCACCCUGAGCCUUCGCGGUCCCCCAGCCCAUCAAUCAGAGACCUUGGACCAAUGAGUACAACAUGCUCGUCGUCUCCAACUUCAACCUUCGAGCUUCCUGGCUCACCCCAGAAGGAACGACCAUCAUGGACAGAGGAAGAACGGCAAGCGCAUGCAACCGAAAUGCAGAGCACCGUGCCAUACGAGACCUCCCCUUCAAUCUCCCCCUCGAGCCAGAUGCCACCGACGGCGAGGCCAACCAAAGGUUCCGAACAGCAGAGCUUCGACUUCGGGAGGAAUCCCGAAGGGCAGGAGACAACCUUGAGCACCAUGAGGAGAUCCUUGAGGACUUCCUCUUCAAGAUGCUCGAUGAGGACUGCUCGGAUCUCGCAGAGUACAACAGGAGACAGGCCCGCGAAGCGAGACAGUGACAAGAAGCCCGAACAAAUGAGCCAUGGGCCCUUAGAGCCAGCAGACAGUGGAGCGCCGAAGAGGUUGCCCGUUACAAUGCCAAACAGGCCGCCCCUCAGUACGAUAAUGAAGGAGGUGAUGAGGGACAUCAAGAGGGUGCUCACUGAACUGAUUACGGUGGUGCCCCCUACCCUUAACCUUCUCACUUGGGACAACAUGUACGAAGUCAUUGCGGAAGACAUGAUGUCUGACCCACAGUGGCUCCUCUCCAAGGCAGGAGAAGAUUACUUAGACGCCUGA